UUUAACUUUAUUGUGUCUUUACAUUUGUAAGUUAUGACUGAACAUUUUUAUUUUAAUUCUAGAAAAUAGACGAAAUUUUAAAAAUGAAGAAAGGCUCAGUGGCGGCUCGCUCAAAAGGAGUGCGUAAAGCCAAACAGACCGAGCGUAAAGAACCAAAGUCAGGGAUAUGUGGAGUAACUGCUGAUGUAGAACUGAGAAAUCUUGAAACUGAGUUAGAUCUUGAAUAUCUUCACCACGUUUUACCAGUCUCAUCAAAUUCAUCCCGUGCAAACCCUUUCACGGUUUGGAUCAAAAGCGAAACAAUUAAUAUUUUUAAACACGGGAAACUUGUUAUCUUCGGAGCCAAAUCUGUUGAAAUAGCCCGGAAACGUCUGAGACAAGUUGUAAGAAUGAUACAAAAGUACGAUGAUCGUUGCAGAGGAGUUUCCUUGGCGAAAAUUCGAAUCCGAAAUGUGAUAUUUAAUCUUAGGCUGGAUUUGAUCGUGAACCUGCAGAAACUGUGCCAGAACUAUCAAGAUGCAAGAUAUGAACCUGAAGUGGAUUUGAACUGCGUCAGGUUUAAAUUCCAAGAAAAGGGUUGGAAGGGUCAUGCUGCGGUUUUCUUUAAUGGAAAAGUUGUUAUCCAGUCGAACUGUGAGGACGGAGCAACAAAUAUAUCUGAGAAAAUAAUAUCUAUCCUGGAGAUCAAUGAUAAAAAGAAUAAAUCUGUGUUAGAGGCUGGAAUUUAGUAUUUUUUUUUGCACAAAUGUUAAUUUUGAAU